AUUCUAUAUAAUUCACCAUUCUCUCCAUCAUUCACUCCUUCGCCAUGGGAAACAUGAAGGUGCAUCAGCUGGGACGUGGAUUCGGGGAGCACGAACCAUCUCUCUCCCUUGGCUGUAAGCGCUUACGCCCUCUCGCUCCCAAGCUCCACCACCAGGCCUCUUCCCCUGAUACCAUAUCCUCUUUAGACCUCAAGAGACCAGAAAGUGGCCCCAGAAGGCUUGUCCCCUCUGACCAGAAGCGCCAUUCUCCUCAGGUGGAAACACAUGCUGGAGGUACGAGGUGGAAUCCAACGCAAGAACAGAUAGGGAUUCUGGAGAUGCUGUAUAGAGGUGGGAUACGAACUCCAAAUGCACAACAAAUAGAACAAAUCACUGCGCAACUAGGAAAGUAUGGGAAGAUCGAAGGCAAGAACGUUUUCUACUGGUUUCAGAACCACAAAGCACGGGAGAGGCAAAAGCUGAAGCGUAGCAGCCUUGGCUUUACCAAUUCUACCAGGAACUCAGCUCGCAUAACUUUGGAUACUAGGGUCGAAAUAAUGGAAAGAUCCGAUGAGGAUGGUCCAUAUAAGAGGAUGUGCAAGAGUUGGUCAUUUGAGUACUUGGAAGAAAACAGCGGAUCGUCAUGUAAAGAGGGGGAAAACAGAACCCUGGAGCUAUUCCCGUUGCACCCUGAGUGUUUGAAAGUAGGAAAAAGAGCUGGAAACCCAAAAGACAAAUAAAAACUGGUAGAAAAUCAAAACUCCGUUCCCAUUAUGAUAUUCUUUGAAAAAGAUGAUGAUGAAAUGUGGUAGCUUUUUAUUUCUUUUGUUUCGGGAAAGAAGAAAGACAAAGUUGUCUCUCCUUAACUCUUCUGCUUACUUAUUCCUGACUUAAAAGCAAAGCAGAUUUAUGUCACUCUUUAUUCGAUCUUUCUUCCAGCUGGUGAAUUGAUUUUGGUUUCCUUUCUUUUUGGGCGUGUCAUCGCUUCGACCACUUGGGGAGAAACCCGUCGAGAUGAAGCUUUUAGGUUAAAAGCAGUCCUCCAUAGAAACUGAAGUCCACGUACCUACUUUGCAUCAUUCAUCCCCUUAAGCUAGCUCAUACCAAUAUUUGGUUUUAUUAUUAUAAAAAAAUGAGAAAAACAAAAGUAGAUCAAUGGUGUGUGUCCUUGAAAAAAUAAAUUAAGA